AAUCACCCAAGCAUUCGAUCAAAUACGCAUCCCAGCACGACCCAAAAUACCUAGGUAGUCAAUUGCAAACACCCGCGCAUGCAAGUGAACCUCGCUGGCUGCUGUUGCCGCGAUGCUUGCCUAGCUUUGCAACUAUCAACAUGAACACGUUCACCGCGGACUAUUCGUCCAGCAUCAAUUCAACACCAGGCAAGGAGCCCCAGCAACAACAGCAGCACUCACGCCUGUUCCCAUCCAACACCCCACAGCUCCCCAGUACAACUCCUAUCGCGCCUCCUCCUUCUCAGAUCUUCGGCAGCUCGACCUUUGGCACAGGUGUCAGCAAGCUCCAGUUUGCUCAACCGGCCAAAUCGUCUCCUCCAGUUCGAUCGACAAAAUACAGUGUUGCUGGGUCGCGUACGAAGAAUGGAACGCCAGCCAACAUAAAAUCCAGACCGUUCCACACCUCGUUCGACGUCUCACAAGCUUCAGAAUACACGCAGCAAGAUGACGCCGAGUACUCAGAUGAAGACAUGGAAGAGGAGGGCGCGGAAGACGAGCCCAGUCGAUUCGGAUUCUCUCGAGGUUUCCAAUCGGUCAAUCAACAACCCGCUGCAUCACUCAUGAAGUUCAGUACUAUGAGCGAAAGAAACCGAGAUUCGAGGAUGUCUGCACCUCGCAGGACAAUGCGAAGCUCCAGGAUCUCCACUCUCCCCAAUAAGGGCAACGACACGGUAGUACCCAGCCUGGCGCAGAACAUAGCGACAAGAGCACAGCCGGCGUCGCUUGCCGAGCCAGACGAAGUCAUUUUGAAGACCGAACAGCUUCUCAGGCAACUCGACGAGCAAACACAGUAUCUCAAGGACAGCACCAGGGUUCUUCAAGCGGUCACUGAACAUGUUUACGAGUUAAUUGCAGAGUGGCGUCGAUUCGUGGACGUUGACCGACCUUCACUCGACAGUAACGAGAUCGGUCCCCAACCCUCAGCAUCGGCCUUCACCAAAGCAAACUAUCUCGCCUCACUUCUGCUCGCCUUGCGACAUCCGCCGCCUUCUCCUGACAACGCCAUGACUCCAAUGCCACAAAUCCUUCUCGACUGGCUUGAUGAGUACCACGUGUCCUAUGACCCCUUGUACAGCACUGUAUCCUCAGCUCGGCCUAAUUGCACCUCUCACGAGUUGUUCUGGGAUGCUGUGCAGAGUCUCGUGCUCCGAGGAAAAUUGCAGAUGGUCAUGCAACUCUUUGCGGACGCCGAUUUCAGGUAUGCUGCAUCGGCCAGAGACGAUGGUAUGGAUGAUGUUGGCUACAAAGGUGCCCAGUUACAGGCGGUGCAGAGUGCCAUCUACCGUGCUCGUGUUCUGCUCAAUUCCUGUCCCGUCAUCCAAUCUGACGACUGGAACGUCACAGGAUCUGACUGGGAUCUAUUCCGAUCCCAAUUAGAGGCGGAACUAGACAACCUGACAGAUCUCGCCUCGGCCCACGAAGACGUCGACGAUGAUGCUUCUUUCGAAGCCGAGAACUUCGGCCUGCGCAGACCUGGCAAAAGUCUGUUGGGAAAGCUUGGACAAAAGUCAACAUCAACAAUACCUUGGACCAUCUACCAGAAUCUCAAAAUCAUGUACAGCAUUAUGCUGGGAAGUGCCGAGGAAAUUGCAGCUCAGUCGCAAGACUGGCUGGAAGCGGCGACGUCCUUGACAAUAUGGUGGGAUGGCUCGGCAGAUGCUUCAGUAGCUCAAUGGAGCUUCGAUGUCAGCCGUGCGCACAAUUCGAGACAGGAGCCACUGAGCGAGGGUGACUUGUAUCUUGCCCGACUUCGACAUUCAUUUCUGAGUGUCACCGAUCCGAACGACAAAAACUCUUUUCAAAUCAACGGCAUGUCUCCUAUCGAGGUGGGCCUCGGGGCGGUUCUCCAGGGUAGUAUGCAAAUCACACUAGCAGUCCUUCAGGCUUUAUCACAUUGUGUUGCCGCUUCGGUGGCAGAAGUUGGUUCAAAGGUUGGCUGGCUGGACCUCGAGGGCCCGGCUCGGGCUGCUGGGCUUAAUGACGAAGAUCUCAUGGUGCUAAGCUAUGGCGCAGAAAAGCAACGUGUCACGAAGGACGAUUUGCUUCGGGCCUACGCAGAGCGACUCUUUGCCAAAGAUAUGCUACGUCUACCUGAUGGGGUUGCUGUCGAAGGCUGGGAAGUUGCCAUCUCCGUCGUGACAAGACUUGACGACCGUGAGGCAAUGCACACUGUUGUCAGUGACUUCCUUGACCAUCUCCAAGUGGUGUCACAAGAUCGGGCAGAGAAGCUCACCAACCUCUGUUCCGACCUAGGUCUUCAAGAAGAAGCCCGCAAGGUUUCUGAUCGAUUUGGAGACCAUCUCGUUAACAACACCACCGAGUAUGGAACAGCACUACUGUGUUAUGCUCGGAGUCAUGCGUCGCACAAGAUCCGUCAAUUGGUCGACCUGCUCAACAGUUAUUCGCUGGUCCAGUCUAGGGCAUACCCACCUGAUGAUGAGAUGGAUGAGGGACUGCAGAGCCUGGUUAGCAACCCCAAAAAUGCGCUGGCAGAUAUCGCCGAUGUGGAUCCUGAGGCCGCAGAGAUGUUGCAAUUCUACCUGGUCGGCUAUGCUUGUGUGCGACGAUUCUAUGCCCUACGCGACGAGGACGUCCUCCACACGAAAUCAUCAAAUCUCCGACCUCUUGCACGCCGCAGAGCCGCCUCCAAGGCUCUGGUGGCAGCGAUCAAUAGUGCAGCCGACAGCAUUUAUGGAGGCCUCUAUGAUCCUGAACGUCAAUCGGCCAUCCAGGUAGAUGGACUACUUACUCUGCUUGGAGAAUCCACGGCUCUUCUUGCUAGCGAUGGUCCUGCAAACAAGCCAACUUUCACAGCGUCGCAGAUUUACGCCCUUCUUGCUGCCAUUGAAGACUUGUCGACCGUCUCUACCCGGGUUUACGAUGCUGCCGAAGAGUGCCUACAAGCAGCGCUGAGGAAUUUUCAUGGUUCACAGCCUCCAAGUCCACAUGCGAUGCUGAAGAAGAGCAUGUCGUCUGGUACAAACUCGAAUUUCAGCUUCAGCAUGAUGGGUUCUGAGAUGCUGGCUAGAAGCGAGCUCACGAGCACAGGGACAGGGGGGAAAAGCGCCGGCAGCAGUGGAGUACUCGUGCCGGGGGCGAAUGGUGAUGCAGCAAGAGGUUGGGAUUGGAGAGCCAGGUUCAAAGACAAGGACGUCACUGGUCAUGAUGUGGUGAAAGCGCUGAGAAUUGCCCUGGCUGAAGAGCUGAGUAUUGUAGAACUGCAAUCUGACAAUUGAGCGCAGCGUCCACCGAGGUCGAUUGGGCCAUGUGGGGUGAUGGCAGAGCUGUAAUAUUGGGUAGAAGCCACCUAUGCAGCCUUCAUUGUCCGAGUAAUGAUCAUGAUGUCUUCAGCCGAGAUGAUGUACUCGUACAGUUCGAGGCUCGAUGCGUCCAGCGAAUCGACUGUGGCUUGCAUGAACAAGGCCCGAGCACUAUUUAGUCGUUCCCACAAAGAUAAAGAAAUGUGAUAUAACAAUGUGAGAGAUCAUCCAUGCGCUCAGUGCUCUCAAGUCACAGAUUCGAAGGCAUAACAUUGCCAUGAUAGAGGUUUGC